AGAGUACAAACGUGCAAAAAUAAAAAGCCCAGGAGGAUGUAUACUGCCAUGCAGCCUGCCCUGUUUUUAAUGUUAAUUACAGAAAUGCUUCCUGACGUCAGCGCAGUGCCAGCUUUAUCUACCACGGUGAUACCUACAACACCAGGACUAUCUCUCAGACUUGCUAACACGUACAACUAUUGUGAGGGACGUGUGGAAGUGUAUUAUGAAGGAGCCUGGGGAACUGUCUGUGGCAACAACUGGGAUAUUAAUGAUGCUCAGGUUGUUUGCAGACAGCUUGGAUGUGGGAAUGCUGUUGCAGCCCUGCCAUGGCCUAAGUUUGGUGAAGGCUCAGGCAGAAUUCUCCUAAGCGACGUACAAUGCAAAGGAGAUGAAUCCUAUCUAUGGGACUGUGAGAACCCUGGAUGGGGUGUACAUAACUGCAGUCAUCAACAGGAUGCUACCGUUCUCUGCACAGGUACGCCUUGAUUUUUACUGGAAGCGUGGAAUCAAUAUGGUUAUUCACCAAAUGGUACAUUGUUAUUGUAUAGGCACUCAUAGGAUAAGAUGGUUCCACAAUUACAGAUAAGUUUCAUUGUU